AGUGGAACAAUAUUUUAUUUUGGAAAUAAAUAAAUAGUAAUAAACAUGGACGCUCCGUCGGCUACUGGGACUAUACAGUCCACAUCUACAUACUCUGACAGUUCUAAAACUAGCAGCAGAUCGGCUGCAAGCGCUGAAAGGGAUAAAGAAAUGGACUUGACGAAAGACAAUGCGGCAUCACCAAUCGACCUAGAAUGCAGCAUACAAUGCGAGCGCAUCACAAAGAUCCUAGACGAAGCCAUCUACAAAUGCAAGCUAGCAAUCUGCUUACCAGACCUUGUCCAGGAAUACCGGACCUUGAACAAUGUCUUAAGCCCGGCCCAUAUGGACGACCUGAUCUUUAUCUUCGAGCAGUAUGAUAACCCUCUGUUUUCUGCCAGUCUUUUGAAUGUCGCUGUCAUGGAAGAUUUGAAAGCUGGUGAUUUAUCGCUGAAAAACCGCCUGAACCCUGAACUCGGCCACUUGCUCUACAUAAUGAAUAGUUAUCCUGAGCUCAGGCCAAAGAUUGAUGAAAUGAUCGCCAAGAUAUCCGCCAUAACACCCGGAUACGAGUUUCUGCUAGAAUUUGAACAUUUUAGAGAGCUAAUGGUAAAGCAGAUGGAGACCACGGCCGCAGAAGAACUGUCUGCUAAGAUUAACACGAGGAAAUUGGAAUCUUCUAACGAGCGUCUCAUUGCAAAUAUCAAAGAAUACUCAGCUACCUUAAAAGACGAGACUGAGCGCUUCGAGCAGACCAUGGCGUUGAAAGCAGAAAUUAUCGCUAAGUUGGAACAUGAACUAGUUCUACUCAGCCAUGAUGCUACUGUUAAGCUUAAAAAGAAGAUUUUGGAUUCAGAACGUCAGAUGGUACUGGCGACUCGGACCCACGCAGUCAAGAAUGAGAUGUUGAAAGAAGAGGAGGUGGAGAGUCGGGAAGCUUACGAACAGCUGUUGAGGAAUCACCUCAUUGAAGAAAAGAAUCAGAGGGCACGACGAUUCAAAGUGGAAACGCAGUUGCUGUCAUGGCUACAGAAGUAUGACCUCGAGAUGAGUGACAAGCAGGUAGAAUUCGACGAGUUUUCGCAGAAGUAUGAUGAAGAAGUGGAAAAAUGCGAGGAGUUGGAGAAACAACUGGCAGAACAAGACGUCGAGUACAUUCCGUUGAUGGCCGAGCGUGAAGCGGAAUACCACCAGGAGAUGACGGAGAAGAUGAACAAGUUCCUAAUGGAUCACGCCGCGAGAGUCAUACAGCACGCGUGGAAAGAAGUGCUCGCCAACCGAGCCGAGAAGAAGAAGGUAAGGAUUUUAAUAAAUAGUGAACCAAGCAAAACGUUCAAUUUAGUUAUGGCUUUAAUGAAGACUAAUUUUCAUUAACAUAUUUAAAAAAUGCUAGCAGAAGAAAGUUUGUACA